AUGUCAGAUCCCAGCCAGAAGAAAACCUGUUCCCAGAUCAUGGAUGAGUGGAAGGAGUUUAUAUGGAACCCCAGAACCCGGGAGUUCAUGGGCCGCACUGCCAGCAGCUGGGCACUGAUCCUCAUCUUCUAUCUGCUGUUCUACGCCUUCCUCACGGCUGUCUUCACUCUCAGUAUGUGGGUGUUGCUGCAGACCAUUGACGAAUAUAAUCCAAAAUAUGCAGAUCGACUGGUCAAUCCAGGAUUAAUGAUCAGACCCAAGUUGGACGCCCUGGAGAUCGUAUAUAGCAUUAAUGGACAGAACACUACCUGGCAUAAUUAUGUUGAUGGCCUUCAUACUGUGCUGCAAGAUUAUAACCAAUCUGUCCAAGAACAUAGAGGCACCAUGUGUACGCCUGGAGUCUACAACCGGCAGGAUGACACCGGGGAGGUCAGGAAUUACCCCAAGAAGGCUUGUCAGUUUGUACGGGAUAAUCUGGGUGACUGCUCCGGGAUAGGAUUGGAUCCCACGUUCGGAUAUGCCAAUGGAACGCCAUGUGUGCUCAUUAAAAUGAAUCGGGUGAUAAACUUCUUCCCACAAAUCAUCCCGAGCCUCUCCAACAACUCCAUCACUAUCAGAUGUUUCGGCAGGGAAAAUGACAAUCACCUGGGCAGCAGAGUCUACUUCCCCAGCACCAGCCAGGGCCUGGGCAGCAUCGACCUCAUGUACUUUCCCUACUAUGGAAACCGGGCUCAGAAAAACUACACCCAGCCCUUCGUGGCGGUGAAAUUCCUGAAUGCGACACACAACAUGGACCAUAACGUGGAAUGCCGCAUAAACGCCGCCAACAUCAAAAAUCAGGAUGAGCGGGACAAAUUCCAGGGACGGGUGAUCUUCAGGCUGAGGAUCGACUCUUGA